AUGGCAACCACUGAAAGGCAGACUCUCAAACCUAGCACCGCUGAGAGCACCACUCCCAAACAGACCACGCUCAAGCCUAAAAUAGUUACCACUCCUAAACCUAGCCCGAUUACCACUCCUAAGCCAAAUCCAAUUACUACUCCUAAACGCAAUCCGAUCACUACCCCUAAACCCAAACCAAUAACCACUCCUAAACCCAAUCCAAUCACCCCCCCUAAACCUAAACCGCCUACCACUCAUAAACCCAAUCCAAUAACCACUCCUAAACCUAGCCCGAUCACCACUCCAAAGCCCAAUCCAAUCACCACUUUUAAACCCAAACCAAUAACCACUCCUAAACCCAAUCCAAUCACCACCCCUAAACCUAAGCCGCCUACCACUCAAAAACCCAAACCAAUCACCACUCCUAAACCUAGCCCAAUUACAACUCCUAGGCCCAAACCAAUCACUACUCCUAAACCCAAUCCAAUCACCACCCCUAAACCUAAGCCGCCUACCACUCAAAAACCCAAACCAAUCACCACUCCUAAACCUAGCCCAAUUACAACUCCUAGGCCCAAACCAAUCACUACUCCUAAACCCAAUCCAAUCACCACCCCUAAACCUAAGCCGCCUACCACUCAAAAACCCAAACCAAUCACUACUCCAAAACCCAGCCCAAUCACAACUCCUAAACCUAAAUCGCCUACUACUCAGAAGCCCAAACCAAUCACCACCCAGAAGCCUACACAGCCCCCCACUUUUAAGCCCAAAGUUCCUACCACUACCCAUAAAAUUUCCACCACCUCCGCUAAAUCGUUUCCAACAACCACCCACCGACCCGCUACCCAUGACUACCCCACCUCCACCCGUCCCACCGUUCGCCCGAAUCCAGGCCCAAAAGGAGGCCCAUACGAGUUGAUUGUCCACG